AAUCAAGAGUCAAAUGUUUAAACAACUGAGCCACAGAGGCACCCCUGUAUGCACAUCUUAACUGGGGACUGAAGACCCUGGCUUCUUGUUGAGUGUCAGCUGGAGGUUGCGUUCAGUUCCUAGCAACCACCCCCUUUCCCAGAGGCUGGCUAUGGCUCCUUGCCAUGUGGGCUUGCCCAUGGCUUACUUCUCAUGGCCAGCAAGGACAGCCUCUAGAGUACUCUGCCUGCAAGACAGUCUUCUAGAAGGAAAUGAUUUCAUCCCAAGACAAGGAGAAGACAAAAGGCCUCAGUACUCCUCAAUUUUGACCUCUACCUUUGACCAGGAAAUAAGAAAACAAAAGGUAGUAAGGAUGACUGGCCUGCUUUUAGCUGGCUUUCUUCAGAGUUGGAAAGGAAAGUGUUUUUUUGUGACCCAAAACAGUUCCUCGGGCUCUGUGCAGGUGAGCGGACAAUGGAGACAUUCUUCUUGGCAUUCUAAAUGGAAUUGGCCAUUGAAGCUGCUGAAUCUUGAGUGGCACACUUGAAGGCCUCCACAACUCACUUGAAUGUGGUUGUGCUUUGGGAAGACUCGACUUUGAACCCUCCAUCAAUCAUGGAAGUUCUCUCCUUCUGUGGUUUUCAAAGUGUGGUCCCUGGGCCAGCAGGAGCAGCAUCACCUAGGAAGUUGCUGAAAUGUAAAUUCUCAGACUCCGCUCCAGAUUUACCAAAUCAAAAGCAAUGGAAGUGGGGCCCAGAAAUCUGUGUCUUCUCCAGCUCUCCAGGUAUUACCAUUUAAUGAAACCUUCUUGCCAGCAAAUCUAUGAUAAAAAAUAUAAGUAACAGAGGAAACAAUAACUGUUAUUUGUCAAGUGGCAAGCUUUUAAUGUCAGAAUGGCUCACCUAAAGCGACUAGUAAAAUUACAUCUUAAAAGACAUUAUCAUAAAAGGUUCUGGAAGCUUGGUGCAGUAAUUUUUGUCUUUAUAAUAUUUUUGAUUUUAAUGCAAAGAGAAGUAAGUGUUCAAUAUUCCAAAGAGGAAUCAAGGAUGGAAAGAAAUAUAAAAAACAAAAACAAGAUGUUUGAUUUCAUGCUAGAAGCUGUAAACAAUAUUAAAGAUGCAAUGCCAAAAAUGCAAAUAGGAGCACCUGUCAGGCAAAACAUUGAUGCUGGUGAGAGACCCUGUUUGCAAGGAUAUUAUACAGCAGCAGAAUUGAAACCUGUUCUUGACCGCCCACCUCAGGAUUCUAAUGCACCUGGUGCUUCUGGUAAAGCAUUCAAGACAACCAAUUUAAGUAUUGAAGAACAGAAGGAAAAAGAACGUGGAGAAGCAAAACACUGUUUUAAUGCUUUUGCAAGUGACAGGAUUUCUUUACACCGAGAUCUUGGACCAGACACUCGACCUCCUGAAUGUAUUGAACAAAAAUUUAAGCGCUGCCCUCCCCUACCUACCACCAGUGUCAUAAUAGUUUUUCAUAAUGAAGCCUGGUCCACGCUGCUUAGAACUGUCUACAGUGUGCUUUAUUCUUCCCCCGCCAUACUGCUGAAGGAAAUCAUUUUGGUGGAUGAUGCUAGUGUAGAUGAAUACUUACAUGAUAAACUAGAAGAAUAUAUAAAACAAUUUUCUAUAGUAAAAAUAGUCAGACAAAGAGAGAGAAAAGGUCUGAUCACUGCAAGGUUGCUCGGAGCAACAGUUGCAACAGCUGAAACCCUCACAUUUUUAGAUGCUCACUGUGAGUGUUUCUACGGUUGGUUAGAACCUUUGUUGGCCAGAAUAGCUGAGAAUUAUACUGCCGUGGUGAGUCCAGAUAUUGCAUCCAUAGAUCUGAACACGUUUGAAUUCAACAAACCCUCUCCUUAUGGAAGCAAUCACAACCGUGGAAACUUUGACUGGAGCCUUUCCUUUGGCUGGGAAUCACUUCCUGAUCAUGAGAAGCAAAGAAGGAAAGAUGAAACCUACCCAAUUAAAACACCCACUUUUGCAGGAGGCCUUUUUUCCAUAUCAAAAGAAUAUUUUGAAUAUAUUGGAACUUAUGAUGAAGAAAUGGAAAUCUGGGGAGGUGAAAAUAUAGAAAUGUCUUUCAGAGUGUGGCAAUGUGGUGGGCAGUUGGAGAUUAUGCCUUGCUCUGUUGUUGGACAUGUCUUUCGCAGCAAAAGCCCUCAUACCUUUCCAAAAGGCACUCAGGUGAUUGCGCGCAACCAAGUUCGCCUUGCAGAAGUCUGGAUGGAUGAAUAUAAGGAAAUAUUUUAUAGGAGAAACACAGAUGCAGCAAAAAUUGUUAAACAAAAAUCAUUUGGUGAUCUUUCAAAAAGAUUUGAAAUAAAGCACCGCCUUCAAUGUAAAAAUUUUACAUGGUAUCUGAACACUGUUUAUCCAGAAGCAUAUGUGCCAGACCUUAAUCCUGUUAUAUCUGGAUAUAUUAAAAGCAUUGGUCAGCCUUUAUGUCUGGAUGUUGGAGAAAAUAAUCAAGGAGGCAAACCAUUAAUUUUGUAUACGUGUCAUGGACUCGGGGGAAACCAGUAUUUUGAAUACUCAGCUCAACAUGAAAUUCGCCAUAACAUCCAGAAGGAAUUAUGUCUUCAUGCUGCUCAAGGUCUUGUUCAGCUGAGGGCAUGUUCCUACAAAGGUCACAAGACAGUGGCCAGUGGAGAACAGAUAUGGGAGAUCCAGAAGGAUCAGCUUCUAUAUAAUCCAUUCUUUAAAAUGUGCCUUUCAGCAAAUGGAGAGCAUCCGAGCUUAGUGUCAUGCAAUCCGUCAGAUCCACUUCAAAAAUGGAUUUUUAGCCAAAAUGAUUAAGUGUUCCUUAAAAUUAAGGAGUUGAAAAAGGAGAUAUUCUUUCUGAUAAAACUGUGACUAGGCAUACACUGUAGUUGUUGAAAAUUAUGCAAAAGCAGCUAAUUAUAACUUAUUCCAAGUGCAUUUUUCUUAUUUAUAUCUUAAAAUGUCUAUGUAACACUGCUACAGAAAUCUUUUAAGUUUCCGUUUCAAAGCACAAUAACUAAGAAUACCAAAGACUAUUUUGAAAUGUCCAGAUUUAGGGGAAGAGAUGUUUACAGUAUGAUGAAAAUAAUUUUCCAAGUAAAGUGAUAUUUGUGUAUUUUGUGCACUUAAAGAUACGCAUAGCUACAUUCACACACUCACAAUUUAAAAUAUUUCUUCUAGUUUUUUGGGGGGAGGGAGAAAGAUUUGAUACUGUAUUUUUUUAACUACAUAGAAAUGGAUCAAUGAAGGUCAAGCUUUGGCCUUUGUGUUCCAACCAGGAAAUUUUUUAUAAAUCUAGAAUUUAUUAUAUAAAAAUGCAGGUAAACUUUUUUUGCCUUUUGUUUACUUAUCUGUCAACAUGAAAUUAAUAAGGAGAAUAUUUUUAAUGCUGCAAUAUCUUGGCAAAUUUUAAAAUAUUUUUUAGUCUGAAGCCCACUUGACUUGAAGCACUUAAAUCUUGCUUAAAAGAUAUUUCUUAAGUAACUAUACUGUGUGUUUUCCUAGAGCAACUUUUAAAAAACUAUAAAUUACUAUCUGUUGAAAACGUGUCUUUUUCCUUUCUGCUACUCUUUUUUCUUACCAAAAGUCACUAAUCUUGGAUGUUUGUGAAAUUGAAUUCCAAAUGCAGAAUACCUGAUUCAUUUCAAAGCUAAAUUUUAUUUGGUACUGAUUCAAUUAUAGAUUGUAAAGAUUUUUCCUCACAAAAAAAACCUUCUAUUUGGAAAACACAAUAAAAUGAAUCCUUAUCA